AUUUUAAUGAACCGCGCCAUUUUCCGGCGCGUGAGAAAAACGUGAAAGCAACGAAAUAAUAACAAAGAAGGAAUAUCAUAGAAACUGCAAAAAGAAUAGUUCAAAAUGGCAUAUAAAGGGGGUCAAAAAGUACAGAAGGUUAUGGUGCAACCUAUCAAUCUUAUUUUCAGAUAUCUUCAAAAUAGAUCUAGGAUUCAAGUAUGGUUAUAUGAACAAGUUAAUAUGAGAAUAGAGGGUUGUAUUGUGGGAUUUGAUGAAUACAUGAACCUAGUUUUAGAUGAUGGUGAGGAAGUUCAUAUGAAAACUGGCAACAGAAAAACCUUAGGGCGAAUCAUGUUAAAGGGAGAUAACAUCACUUUAAUUCAACAAGUUCAGGAAGCGGCAGCAUCAUAAACUUUAUACUUUCUCAGUAAUUUUGUGUACAUAUGGACGAAAGAUAUUUUAAAAUACAAUCUUAUUUCAAUCUACUGAUAUUUGCAAAGUGUGUUACAUAAACCAAAUUGAAUUUGGAUUAUUUGGAAGGAAUCAAGCAUGGAUAAAGCAAUCAUUUUUGUGGCAUUUCAUUAUUAAUCAUUAACUCAAAAUCAUGAACAUAUUAUUUGUAGAACGGAAAGAAGAAUUUUCCCUAUAUGAUAGUGACAUUGGUUGAAGAAAACACUGUUCAGAGAUUUGUAAUUGUGUUCAAAAUAGCCUUUUAUAGAAUAAUUAAGGAAUGUAUUGUCUUUGUAAAUGGUUAAGAGAUCAGGUCAUGUCAGGACAGGACAUUUUGUUGUAUUCAAACUCAUAAAUAUCAUUUUAAUUAUCACUGUAAUAAUUGUGUUGUUAUUUAUACCUUUCAAGAGAAUAUGAGCAUUUUGCUGUCAUAGUAACUGUGUGGGACAGGCUAAUUUCAUAAUAACCUCUUUGUUAUUACAUUGGGGCUGCUUGGUUAGUGAAUUGGAACCUGUUCAGAACUUAUCAAUCAAGCACCAUCAAGAUGUACAGAAAAGUAGGACGUAAAACUCCAUUCAUUUCAUUUCAUUUACCAUCAAGAUGUAGUCUUAUCAUACCAACCAGGUCUGAAUACUUCAUAUGUAGGUUGAUUUUUAAAAGAUGUACAAUAAACUGAACAGAAUUGAUAUUCUUU